GCCACAAGGAACAUGGUAAAGCUAAGGCCUUGAGAAAAAAAAAUGGCUUCUUCCCAUGUUCACCUCAUGAUCACACUGACCUCCAUUUUCAUCCUCACCUCUCUUUUGGCUUCUGCCUCGGCUGCUGCAACUGGAAAUCCUCCACGUCCCUUCAAGCAGAUCUAUGCAUUCGGGGACUCGUAUACUGACACCGGCAACACGGGUUCAGCCACCGGCCCAAGUUCUUUCUCCUACGUAUCAAACCUUCCUUAUGGCUGCACAUUCUUUCACCGCCCCACCAACCGGUACUCUGAUGGACGGCUUGUGAUCGACUUUGUAUCACAAGCACUGUCCUUGCCAUACUUGCCUCCUUACCGUGACCAAAAGGCAGACACAUCAAACGGUGUGAACUUUGCGUUUGCAGGGUCUACGGCCAUACGACAUAGUUUCUUUGUCAGGAACAACCUUAGUCUUGACAUCACUCCUGUGUCACUUCAAACCCAGCUCAAUUGGUUCAACAAGUUCCUGGAGGCUCAAGGAUGUACAGGGAACACCCCCACUCCCAAGUGCAGGGCAGCUUUUGACAAUGCAUUGGUCUGGGUUGGUGAGAUCGGAGCCAAUGACUACGCGUAUACCCUUGGAUCUACCGUGUCAGACACUACCAUCCAACGGCUUGCCAUGAGGAGCAUUACCGGCUUUUUACGGGUAUUGUUGGCAAAGGGUGCAAAGUAUGUUGUUGUCCAAGGUCUGCCAACAACAGGGUGUCUACCGCUUGCCAUGGUACUAGCUCCUCCAGAUGACAGAGACGAGAUUGGGUGCGUGGGGAGCGCAAACAGGCAGAGUUCCAGCCACAACAGCAUCCUCCAAUCCAAGUUGCAAGAACUCAGGAAACAGUUUCCUCAUGCUGUAAUCGUCUAUGCUGAUUACUGGAACGUCUACCACACGAUCAUGAAGAAUCCAGGAAGAUUUGGUUUCCAAGAGCUCUUCAAAGCUUGCUGUGGAUCUGGUGGCGGGCCGUACAAUUUUGAUGUGUUUGCUGCGUGUGGCUCACCGGCCUCGAGCUCCUGCGAGAACCCUUCUCAGUACAUCAAUUGGGAUGGAGUUCACCUCACUGAAGCAAUGUACAAGGCGGUUUCUGACUCAUUUCUCAAUGGAUCAUUCACUCACCCUCCAUUCAGUUACUUGUUAAGCAGGAAACAGCAAUCGGGAUGAACUGAUAACCAUCAUAUUACAUAUGGAGUGUUAGUUGUUGUCACCAUUAUCUCAACAACAGAGCUAGUAGUUGGAUAAAUGUAGCAACUCAGUUGAUAUAUAUAUAUAUAUAUAUAUUAUUAUUAUUAUAAUACAAGCUCUCCUUGAAUUUCUCAAAUUAGGAGGUUUCACUUUUAUUAAAGCGAGUAUGCUAUAAAAAUGUGAGAAAAAUGAGUUCGAAAUAUAUAUGAACUCCCUUUGAUGGACAUGCUAUAUUAGAAGCUUUCUUUCAAUUUCUCUUAUGUAAAAGUUGGAGCAUAUAUGAACUCAUACAUUAUAUACCA